AUGACGGUGCAAUGGAAUGGGAGGGCAAUGGGUUCUCAGGCCCCGAGUCUGCAAACACUUUGGGAGCCCCGCGGGUGCCUCUGGCGCCGGGCUGCGGAGACAGGCGCAGCCCCCGGGGUGACGGACUGGGGCUGCAUCGAUGUCUACCAGUCCUCCCCAUCGCGGCUCCGCUCCGGAGCGGCCCCGGAGCGGCCCCGGAGCGCCGCGUCCCAACUCGUCCCUGAGUCUCCCGAGUUCCCAGAGCGCUGCGGGCGGGGCGCGGGGGCUGCGCGGAGCCACCCUGCCCGCGGCCGCCCAGAGGGUGGCGCUGGCGAGUCGCCACCGAGCGCGGCGGGGCUGCGCGGGAGCGGAACGGGAACGGGAACGGGAGCGGGAACGGGAGCGGGAACGGAACGGGAGCGGGAACGGGAACGGGAACGGAACGGGAGCGGGAACGGGAGCGGGAACGCGAACGGGAGCGGGAACGGAACGGGAACGGGAACGGAACGGGAACGGGAGCGGGAACGGAACGGGAGCGGGAACGGGAACGGGAGCGGGAGCCGGGUCUGGCCCGGCGGCCCCGCCGUGGGUGGCCAGAGGCUGCGGAGAGGAUGGAGUUUCACUCCCCCAGGGUUGUCUGAAGAAGGUCUCUCCACAAUACUUUCUGCUGGUGCUUCACACUGUAAGCCAGAGGUACUGACAGCUGGACGUGCUGCAGAGCACAUCUAUCCUGAGAUGUGCUGCACCAAGUCCCCUGUGGCUUCCUUUUGCAUCCCGGCUUGUUCCUCACAGGGAGAAAGAUUACAUGAGGGACACCAAUGAAAUACGGUGUCCAGCGCAAUUUUUAACAAAAACUCAUCUUUCUUCCCUGCAGGGGCUGGUCCCCUUGCCAAGGACUGUCGAGGUAUGUGUAAGCCCUGAGAAGUCCUGCAGCUCUGUGCUGCUUCCAACACCAGGUUGGUGCUUAGUGAGCAUGGCAGUGUCCUCAGCCAGUAAUCCCAUUUAAUGGGGCUCAUUAUAAUGCACGGGAACUGGGUGACAAGAAUUCAAGUAAUUCUUUUUAACUGAGGAAUCUGCAGAGAAGUUCACAUGGGAUCUAAUGACUCACAAUACAGUGUUUCUUCAGAGAGCAAACAGCAAAUUAGAGGAGAGCCUUCAAAAAUGAAAGGUGUGGAGGAGAGGACUGGAGUCACCAAAAGCAGUCCAAAGCACUUGAUCAAGCACCUGGGAAGAGUGAGAAUAGUUUGUAGGAGUGGCAGUCUGUGCACAUGUGGUGAUGUAUUGCCAGGCUUGCAAAAGGAUCAGGGACAUCUCCAGCUGUAGAGCAACUGAUUUUCCUGGCUUCAUUCGCAUGCAAACUAUCUCUGUCACAGUACCCAAGCGUUGCUUCACCUAGGUUGCUUUCUUCUGGGUGGUUGAUUUUACUCCAAGAAACUGCGUUUAUAGCCAAAAGCCUGGGAUCGGGAGUAAUGUUUAAUUUAGUUUACAGUCCAGGGUAUGUAAGGAGGAAGUAGUGUGAAUAUCAGUUCAGGAAAAAAAACAAUACCCUGGAAAAAGAGACAUAAGAGGACAUUCACCCAUUUCAGCUAGAACAUGGUGCUAAGAGGACAGCGUCAGACUGAUCUCCAGUGGUCUACAGGUUUUCUUUAUAGUCUUAUUAAACUUUCCAAAUUAGAGACAGUGCAAACUUAUGUAAAUAACAGUAUGUAAUACAUAACUAUUUUUGGUGUAAAAAUGACUCCUGUGGCCAAGAAACAAUUAAUAUUUGAAAAAGAAAAACCUCAGAAAAGUCUCAUUGCAUUUAUAUUUCUUUUCAGACUUGAGCUUUGUGGCUUGGAGAAUGGAUACACUGGCCUUUUGCUGGUGUGCUCUUCAGCUCUUGCCACAGGCAUCUGAGUGCAAGGGAGCUCAGUUGUCCUCCCCAGACCCCGACACAUGCAGACUCCUGUGAUCAGGAGCCUAUGCUGGUCUUGCCACAGAUUUCCUGUGCGGUCUUGGAUAGGAAGGUGUCUGUGUGCCUCAGUUUUUCCAUCUGUAAAAUAAGAGCGAUGUUACAUUGCUUCACCAGUGCAGCUAAAUUUCUGCUUUAAAAGCACUCUGUGACCUUUGGGUGAAUGGUGGUAAUGAGCUGUUUGCCUUAUUUAUAAGUAUCAUUUGCUGUGAUAUAAAUAUUUUUUUGUAUUGUUCAUACUGUGUUUAUUUUGUGCAAGUGAAUAUAGUCCCAAUGAAAGCAGGAGACUGAGUAUUUUGCUUUCCCAUGUAACUCAACCAGCAUUCCCAAAUUCUGAUCUCUAACACCUCUGCUAUUGCAGUCCUGGGCCUCUCUUGAGCAGAAACUGCUGAUCAUGCCAAAUUCUCUGGUGUUUUGUAAUGUGGGCUAACAUGCGCCGAGGUUUGGAUGAGACCAGUAGACUCAUUUUCACUUAGGGCCUGCGGCAGCACUGAAGCUGGAGAGAACAGAAGUGAAAGGUCAGUGUUUCCCUUCCCUGAACCACACAACUCCUGUUUUAAGGCAAAUAAAAAUAUCAUGUGACUCUUAUGGUUUUUUAAAUUUUUUUUGACAGCUGUAGUGCCUUUCUUCCAACUUUACACCAAGAGGACAUUUAGAUGUUAUUACUUUUGUAUAUUUGCAUUGUUCCUUACUUGGAAGGUUUGUUUGAAAUAAAAAUAACUGUAGACCUA